CACUUACGGAACAGCAGAGGGAGCCAGAAGUUCAAAGUCAGAGCACAGGGAUGAAGCUGGAUUCAUUGGCUAAACUGAAGAGGAGAAAGGAGGGAGGGGGGUAAAAGGAAGAGAAUUGCCACCCAAAAUUACCUACUGAAGCAGCGAGCAGAACAUCUCUUCUAGGUUGCUGAAACACAGAUGGUCUUACUUUGCUACUGUAACAGCUCUCCUUUCUUCCAAGACAGCAGCAACAGAGGUUGUUUCCUCCAUCAGAGAGAGACCUACCCAGACCUCCUGCAGUGAAAUAGAACAGAUAACUUUUUAGGCCAGCUCCAGAGGACUCUGUCUAUGUUUGGUUAUCACCUUUUUGGAUAAAAAUUUGGGGCCCAGGAUGAAUAAGACAAGGGCAGUUAAUGAUGCUUUUCCUUUCCUGAAUAGUAAGAACUUGAGCUCAAAUAGAAGCUUCCCCUCGCACCUUUCUAACCAGUGCAGGAAUGUCACUGACCUUACUGUUUUUCUGGCCACCUCUUACAGUCUAGAGACUGUUCUAGGCAUUGUGGGAAACAUCUGCCUGAUUGCUGUUAUAGCCAGGCAGAAGGAAAAGACCAACGUCACCAACAUCCUCAUUUCCAAUCUAAUAAUUUCAGACUUGUUUAUGUGUCUUGUUUGCCUGCCUUUCACCGUUGUUUACACCAUGAUGGACUAUUGGAUAUUUGGGGAGGUCAUGUGCAAAAUGACCUCUUUCACACAGUGCACAUCUGUGACAGUGUCAAUUCUUUCCCUUGUCCUUAUUGCUCUGGAAAGACACCAGCUGAUCAUAAACCCAACUGGUUGGAGGCCAAGCAUCUCCCAAGCCUAUCUAGGAAUUGGAGUCAUUUGGACUUUAGCAUGUCUCAUGUCUCUUCCCUUUUUGACCACAUCCAUCUUGUCUAAUGAUCUGUAUGAACAGCUCUCACACAUAAUGAAUUUUUCCUAUGACAAGGCCAUAUGCAUUGACUCAUGGCCUUCUGAGCAACACAGGCUUAUCUACACCACUACUCUACUUCUUCUGCAGUACUGCAUCCCGCUGUUCUUCAUUAUACUUUGCUAUCUGCGUAUCUACUUACGCCUACAGAAAAGAAAGGACAUGUUUGAGAAGAAUGAAUACAGUAACCGAGCAGUUCAGUUAAGAAGGAUAAAUAUAUUGUUAGCAUCCAUGGUUGCUGCUUUUGCUGUUUGCUGGUUACCACUGCAUGUUUUCAACACCAUUGUGGACUGGAAUUACAAGAUCAUUUCACCUUGCCACCACAAUCUGAUCUUCUCAUUGUGCCAUUUGGUAGCCAUGGCUUCUACCUGUGUCAACCCUGUCAUCUAUGGUUUCCUCAACAGCAACUUCAAAAAAGAAGUGAAGUCAUUGAUUCUGAGCUGUCAGCAUAAUUCAGUAACUGCAUCAAUGGAAGAAUAUGAUCAUUUACCUUUAUCCACUAUGCAGACAGAAGUCUCCAAGGGCUCACUGUCAUUGAAUUACAGACAUAAUUCUAUCUAGCCAGCAGAAAGCACUUCAGAGGUUGUACUGACACCACACAGCAGUCAUACCUGCAGGUAUAAAAGCAACUGGUGAUGCCAAAUCUGGAAUGCAAACAGGAGCCCACUGCUGCCUGAUUUUUGUAAGAACAAGCAAAGAAAGUUAGUAAAUGCAUUCAGUAGCUCCUGGGAUGUGCAAGGUGUUUGUGUCUUUGAGGAGGUGCAGACUGGUGAACAAACAGCUGCUCUGCCAGCUCAAUAGAUAAGCCAUGGUGCACAUAGACUGACACCGGGUCUAUCGUCUACGUUCACAUCUCCAGCAUGGCUGAGGUAGAACCUCAUGCAAUCAAUGUUACCACUGCAGGCUGCCAAAGCUGCGUUCACAAAGGCUUCAUUUUUCAGUAUUAAGACUUUUUAUGCACUGAUGACACACCAGGGAAACAUAGACAUGUAAAUAUAUAUGUUUUUUUGAGCUUUCCUAACUGACAAACCAUUAGCAUUCAGCAGAUCCAGUUUGCAUCAAACGGCUGGAGGUCAGUCUGGAACUUCUCCCUCUUGUCACAUGGGCUUGGAAAUUGCCAUUGCCCUCAGAACUUGGGGCAAAGAACAAGAAAGAUGAAAGUUACUGAAAGAGGAGCAGUGGGAAAUGAAAAUAUUACUUUGCAGGUUAAGCUCUUGGAACACGUUGACAUGAUGGCAGAACGCUGUUUUCAAGCAAAUGAAAAACAGUUGCAGAUCUGCAUGGAAAUGAAUCUGGUUGGUUUUGCAAUUCCUGCUGCUGGCAGUUACAAAGCUCUGCAAUGUUGGAAGCGUACAUCAUGAUGAGAAAAGGUGACUGUAUUACUGUAGCUGCUUCAUGCCUCGGUAGCAAGGUUUCACUUCUGCUUCAGCAGCAAAAUACUCAUUAGUUCCUUGGUGCUCUAAUUGUAUCUAAUUCAGAAAGUCUGAACAUGCAUGAAAAGCUGUUCAAAGAAGCCUUGUAUUUUCAGAGUGUGUAUAGUCCCAAAGAAGUAAAUAUACACAUGCAGACCAUUUCCUAUUAACAUAAAAGUGGAUAUCAGACAUCAGUUCCACUCACUGGCAGCAACAACAAAGAUAGUGCUGAAUAAGAGUACAUAACUGGAAUCCAGGUCAGGUGGAAACACAAACCUUAAGGCCAAGCUACAUGUAAAUAAGUAGUACAGUAAGGAGAUGUUGCUCAGUGACUGCUGAGGAAAUAAAGAAAGUUCAUACUGAGGAAAAAAAGAUAAAGAAGAAAGUGAGAAGUUCAUUGUAAAAAUAAUAAUAAUAAUAAUAAAGAAAUAUGGAACUGUA